GACGCUCAUCGGAGGCGAGAGGGCAGCAAGAGAGACAGAUGAAGUAUCGAAAUGCCGCAAACCGAUCCCUUUUCGUGUGUCUGUUGUGUGUGGCUGCAGAUCUCUUGUGUGAUGCCUCGCUGAGGCCUCAAGACACUCCCGAUGCAGCCCACUGGUGCGGCGCCCUCGUCCCGUCCCGCCAGCCCUGCCCUCUUCCAGCCCGCCGACCUCUUUGACCUGUCAUUGCCCAUCAGCAAGAUGGCCGCCAUGGCCUUGGCGACUGACGAUGCCAAACGAGCCGCUCUCCGCUCGCAGAUCGCCACCCGCACUCGGCAACAGGAGCUGCUGGGCCACACUGCGGAGACCGUCAACAGCACCUUGCUCAACGCCGUCCAGCAGCACAUCCACAAGGCCCUCAGUCGUCUCGGCCUGGCGGACGUCUUGGCCUUCGACAUUGGCGGUGAUGUGGAGGCCGGCUUGAAGGUGGUCUGUGUGCUGGAGCGGGGCAGUGGCGAGGAGUGGCGGGCGAUGGGGCGGUUCCUUCGGAUGGCCUUCAUCUACCGGCUGACCCCUGCUGAUGCGCCGCGGCCUCUCCGGCUGUCGGCUUCCUCGCUGCCCACAGCAACGGCCUUCCACCAGCUGCCACUCGCCAUGGCCCUCUACAAGACCUUCGGCCAGCAGCUCAGCUACAUGGGGAUCAGCCUGGCGCUGCAGCAAACCGACGACGGGGCCUAUCGGAUCGGCAAUGUGCCGUUUCGUGUGGUGCCGUUAGGUGAGCUGCCGGGCGGCCAUCCCUAUGCCGACGGCUACAAGCGGACCGAUCCCGUCAUCCGCUGGAACGAAUGGCUCCUCUUCCCCUCAUUCUCGGCCUUUCUGAUGGAUAGGCUGCUCGUGUGGUGGUGUGAUGGAGAGGGGGUGGGUUGCAAGAUGGUGCUGUUGGCACGCAUCGGUAGUGAGGACCCUCGCUACGUCCCUCGCUAUGGCCGUCUGCUGAGAACCGACGACAUCACAGAGGAUCAGGGCAUCGUCGCCGACUAUUGCAACGACUGGGGCAAUCUGAAUGCUGCUGAUGCGACGGACUAUCGUCGUGUGAUUGUGAGCGGUUUCCGGCCCAACGAUACCGUCACUGUCUACCUGCAGAUGGGGCACAACGAUAUCCAGCUGUGGACGACCGAGGCACCUGCUGCUGAUCGGCCUCAUCCACUCGCGGACCGCUACACUCUGUCGAUACCCCUGUGGUGUGGCGUGCUGCGGCGAUUCGAGCUGGAGACCGACGUCAUCGACAGGGGGAUGGUGCUGAGGUGAAGGGUGUUGGCUGGCGGUUGGUGUUGUUGGUGCGUUUAAUGCGUGGAGAGGGUCUGUCUGUCCGGGCGGUCGAGCAAAUGACAUGUGUUAACGUGUGACUGAUUUUCAUCGAUCGUCGGUCCCUCUUUCUUUGGAGACAGUAGUAUUUCGAAUGCAGACGAAUAGUUUUGCACCACUACGAUCAGCACCUGUCAGACAGCACACCUGGAAUGCAUUUGAAUGGGCGCCAGGUCAGCACGAGGUGUGCGCUUCUUCUCUCACCCUUCCUCAGUUGACCAACUGCAUUGCUUGCAAUAUGACCCUUAAGGGAAGCCUCUGUCUGGUCACUCAUAGAGAUCAACGGAACAGGCAGAGCUAUUAAUCCUUCUCUCGGAGACAGCAAUACUCCCAGCACAGACACACACACUCAUGCUCACACACAGACCUUCCUCAACAGACACAUACG